CGAGCGGGCGGCGGGGCGAGCACACAUCCCGCACGUAGCCGGCGUCUCCAGCAGCGCCGGGGCCGCCUCCCGGCCUGGGGGGGGGGGUCCCAGACGGCCCGGGGAGUCCGCACGCUGCGCGGGCGGCAGCGGCAGCGGCAGUGGCAGCAGCGCCGGGCCCGCGGUAUCGCGGCGCAGCCCAGCCCGCCGCGCCGAAAGUUUUGCUUCGCCUGUCCCCGCUCCCCGCCGCGGCGGAGCCCUUGCCCCGGCUCGGCUUUGGAGCCGGCGGCCGACCCGGCGGGCAUCGUCUCCCGAGGCGGGCGCCGGCAGGGCAGCGGCGCGCCCGUCCUCGCCGCGCCAUGCCGCUGGGGCACAUCAUGAGGCUUGACCUGGAGCGGAUCGCCCUGGAGUACGUCGUGCCCUGCUUGCACGACAUCGGCUUCUGCUACCUGGACAACUUCCUGGGGGAGGUGGUGGGGGACUGCGUGCUGGAGCGGGUGAAACGGAUGCACCGCGACGGGGAGCUGGCCGACGGGCAGCUGGCCGGCCCCAGCCGCGGCGUCGCCAAGCGGCACCUCCGCGGCGACCAGAUCAAGUGGAUCGGGGGCACGGAGGAGGGCUGCGAGGCCAUCAACUUCCUCCUCACGCUGAUAGACCGGCUGGUGAUGUACUGCGGGAGCCGGCUCGGCAAGUACUACGUGAAGGAGCGAUCCAAGGCUAUGGUGGCUUGCUAUCCUGGAAAUGGAACUGGGUAUGUUCGUCAUGUGGACAAUCCAAAUGGAGAUGGGCGCUGCAUCACCUGUAUUUAUUACCUGAAUAAGAACUGGGACUCCAAGCUGCAUGGUGGAAUUCUUCGUAUAUUCCCAGAAGGAAAGUCCUAUGUAGCAGAUGUUGAGCCGAUUUUUGACAGGUUACUUUUUUUUUGGUCAGAUAGAAGGAACCCACAUGAAGUCCAGCCUUCUUAUGCAACCAGAUAUGCAAUGACUGUGUGGUAUUUUGAUGCUGAAGAGCGAGCAGAAGCCAAAAAAAGUUCAGGAACUUAACCGAUGCAAGGAAGAGAGAGGCACCUCUUAAUGAAGACUAGCUGUUCCUGAACUCUUUGUGAGGAAAUAAGAUCCCAAAGAUGACUUGAAUUUCCAGCGAACAAGGGCAAACUCUUGUUAUACACAAGAACGCACUGGUUGUGUCUAGCAUGUGCAUCUUAUAUUGAUGGUACUUAAGGCAGCCUCCUGUCAUACCUGCAUCUGACAGAAGGAACACUUGUUUUCUCUUUGUCUUUUGCUGGAAAAAGUAACCAGGGUUAAAAAAAUGAAAAUCACUAAGCCUAGUGAUAGUGGCUCAGCCAACUGGCUUUUGAUCACUCUUGUAACCAAGAUAACGAUCAUUGGAACUAGUGGUAAAAACCUGAGUCUUAUUUGCACUUUAUGGGGGGAAAAAAAAAUCUAGCUCAAUAGGAAGGAGCUUUACAAGUCUGUGGCAGACUGCUAACAGGCAAGGAGAGAUAUUGGAAAUGUGAAAUUAAACUGGAUUUUUGUAGAGUGGCAUCUUACUGUCUGUCCCACUCGGGGCUGUCAAGGUACUGUUCAUCACUUUGCUGUGCAGAACUUCCAAACAGAUUUUUGUCUACACAGUCAUCGCAUUUCCUGGAUUUUGUUUGCUUUUUAAGAGUCAAGUUCUGUCAGCUGUACUGCCCUUUUUGUCCUAGGGCUGAGGGGGGAAGUAGUUAUGCAUCUGUCCACAACUUUGUAAAACCAUUUCCUUUCAGUUCUGAGCAGGAUGGGUUGUAUGUCUUUUAUUUUCACGGUUUGGUAAAGAAACUGUUUUCUCCCAAAUGUUUGGUAAACUUGGAAGGCUAAUGACACACAAUGCAUUGGCACUAAAGGCCAACGAUAUGUAAAGUUAAGUGUUAUUUUCAUGACUUCUCCAUCUACUAUGUUUUGUAUGACACUGAUAUGAAUCUGAAAAGAUAUGUCUGGCAGUCUGACAAAUGUAUGGUAAACAAUGGGUAACUUAGACUUGAUUUCUAUGCUGCUUAUACUUAGUUAACACACUUAUUUAACUUUGCAUGUGUGUGUAAUUUGAAUGAAACAGCAAUUCUGUUUUAAUUGAUCUGUUACGCCAGGUAACUACUUCUGCUAUCCUCAAGCUGCGAAACCAGAGUUACUCAAAUGGCAAAGCACAUAUUUUUUUUUUUUUUAUUGAUUAUUUUUUUUAAAACUUAGACUCAGUGAGUAUCUGGUGAUCUAUCUCCAAUCUGCCUAAGCUUCUACAACCAGCACUUACUACGCAGUUUAAAAUAGCUCUUAAUGAAGCUGGGAGCUGGUGGUAGAUGUAUUUAUCACUCGCACUAACUGUUCUCAACCUAAUACACUCACUUGCAUUAAUUUUUGGCUUGUUGUCAGUGUUUGUCAGACCCUACUAAAUGUUCCACAUAGAUGCCCUCUUCAGUGUCCCCUGUUUUCCUGGGCCACUUGCCUGUGGGGGUGAGAGUGGUCUGUCCGAACCACUGGCCCUGCACCAGCUCACCACACUGCCAGGCCGUCGUGCUCGUGGGGGCUCUGCAGGCCACCCCUGUCGCACUGGAGCCAGGGAGCAAGGAGGUAGCAUGCAAUGGCGACUAUUAAAGGUCAGUGACAGAAGGGUAACAGCUGCAUGGGACAGAAAAGAAGUAACUUCCAUGACAUAAAAAGUAGUAACAGACAUGGAGUAUUUUUAAAAAGCAGUUCUGUCUCUUAAAAUGGACAUCCUUCAGCUUGUCCUUGAAUUCUGAAUGUAGAUAAAGUAGUGCUAAGAACCCCCUCGUUCUCUCUGGCUUCUCCCAGAGAUCCAGCUAUGGUCUUGUGGGCUGGACCUUGUUCAGCCUGAUCACUGUGCACCUUAAGAGAGGAAUAUGAGGGAAUAUGUGUGACAUAUUCUUCUAACUCAAGACUAGAAUAAAGACAGAUCAUCCGAUAAAUGUCCUUUAAUGUUAGGAAAAACAUUAUUCCACUACAGUUGCUUCUAAGUAGCACAACAUAGACUUGAAGGAAACUUAAUGAUAACUUGAAAUUCUCAUUCUGUAAUGUUCAUGUUAUCAGAGAGAGAAUUAGGGCUCUUCCCUGAGAAUGAAAGGUAACCCUUUGAGAGAUGGGAGGUGUUGAAGAAGGGAGGCCACGGGUUUAUUAUUUAAAGGGGAGGGGUGGCGGGGGGGCGGGGAAGAACACAACCUGUGGUAUUGCUAUGCAAAGCUGAUAAUAGCAUGUAAAUCUGAAACUCCUACAUGAUUUUAAAAGGGGCAAAGACAGCUAAAAGAGCAGAGCAAGACUUGCUUUGCCUUUAGAAACUGUAACCUUAAAAAAAUGCACUAGAAAGAUGUUAGCACAUAUCUCACUGGAGCCUAGAACAGUGAAAAAACGAUGGGGAGGGAGGGGAAAGGCUUUGUAUAAAAGUUUGAAAAAGAAAGGUACUUGAGUUACCACUAAUGCUACCACCUGGCUUCAGCAGUGGUCAGCAACAUGAGUGUGGUGGAUGGAGCAUGCAGUAUAGAUGCAUUUAUUGUAAAUAAAGUAUAUAUUUUAAUUUUUAGUCAAUAUCUUUCUGAUCUAGUUAGAGGAGAGAACAAUCAUUCUGUGGCAGAGAGCAUUGUCUUUUACUUUAUUAACAUAUAUAAUUAAAUAUAAAGAAGUUGGGGGGCACAGGAUAUUGAAACCAAUUCCUCUGUCCUCUGUUCCAGACCUUUAUUUACCCUGUCUUCAGAUCAGUGGGACGAUCUCCUUGAAGAUGUGGUUUAAGUGGGGGGUGGAGGAGGUGUUGGUCAUGUAGCAAUCCACAGGCUUGAUGUUUUCUACACAGAUUUCUCUUCCCUGUUUCUGGAAUUGUUGCAAACUUCUCUGCAAGAAUUAAAUUGUCUGAAGAACUGUGAGGGGAAAGCAGGCUGCUGCAGUAGGGAGGGCAUUUCAAGGAGUCUUUCCUUUGCUUCUGUUUUGGCUUUAUGGCAAACUGUUUGAAGCAUCAAUGGCUAAACAGCACUUGUCACCCACUUGUGAAAAUGAGUGUUUUCUCCAAGGCAGUUAAUUUUUAGUCCUCCAAAAGUUUUCUUGUUUUGUUGAUUUUUCCAACCUUUAGGUAAUGUGCCUUCAUCAUUCAUAUCUGUGAAGAUGUUACAUGCCACAUGUGCGUGUCAUGCAAACUUUUCACAACUUUAAGAAACAUGGUUGCCUUUCCAAAUGCAAUUGCAUUUAAAAAAUAUGCAGAGCCACCAAGCCACAACUUCUAACAGAGGGUUUAUGUUGUGCAGGGAGGAAAAAGGACAGGAGACAGGACUGAAAAUCAAGAGAUUAUUUUUAUUCUUAAACAUGUAACUACUGGCCUUUUGAGCAAAGGAGCCUCUAAUAGAUCUUAUUUUCUCUAGAUUACUUCUGGUUCUAUGAGGAAUGACAUCUGCAAAAUAGCGUCUAAAAAGAUCCACUCUUUUUUCCUUCUCUCUUUAAACAGUUUUAGUCCUUUCCUAUUACAUUUUAAAAAAUGUUGGAAUAUAUUAUAUGUAUUUGUUGUUGCAAAAUAGCUGGCUCUAACACCACUUACAUCUAGAAGAAAAUGUAUCUAUUUGCAGGCAAAUAACUAGUUCUACUUUGACUAUGCUGUACUCCCAGCAGAUAUCUGAGAGUGAGUUAUGACUACAUCUUCUCUUGUCAGGUUGUAUGCUGGUCAACAAUGCUGGCACUUUGCAUCAGAUUGAUACAGAAACCCCUAGUAAUAUUUUACUAUACAUCACAUUUUGUGUUCCUGUUACUAUUAAAAGAAGAAUAAAUGUGGCAGGAGUCAAUAAACACUGGGUCAUGUUAAA